AUGGCUGCACUACCACCACCACCUGAACCCACCAUCGACUUCCAUUACUAUGACCAGCCAAGUACGAUCUCGUACUUUGAAGCCAUCGUCGACAAUCUACGUUCCGAUCUGCAAUCCGAAGGCGUCGACACGACCCUGACAGCUCCAGAGCUAGCCCAUUUCACAGCACGUUUCCAACAAUUCCAGCAAUCUGCUCUAGGUCGUGCAGCUGCACAAGCUAUUCGAUCCACCGGUGUCAAUUCAUUACCGGCGCGUAUCCCCACCUCAUUUCUUGAAGCCAACCAACCACUGAGCACAUCCUCCCCAUUGUAUUUUGUCCUCAAGGCAGCCUAUCUCUUUCAAUCCGACAAAGGUAUCAGCGAUUGGCAAUUCGACGCAGCAGAGGAAAAAGACACCUAUGUGGAAUUGGUCAAAUACAUCACGCGUUAUCUUGAAAAGCCGGCCAAGGUCUAUCGCGUUCCCAUCGUUGCAUUUGAUCAUGAAGUGGAUCCUGGUAACAAGCAGCAGCUUAUUGGCAUGGUCCAAGCCAUGGGUGGUGUGAUUGCUGGUAGUGCCACGUUAGCUACGCAUGUGGUAUACAAGGAGAGCAACAACGUUGAUACGACACGAGCUAUUCGAGUGUUGGACAAAAAGGAUGGAAGAUUGCUAGUGCAUUUUGUCAAAUGCCCUGAUUCUUACAACCAAUGGAUCGAUGAGGCUGACAAACAACAAUAUCACGACGUGACCAAUGAAUCCAACAACAACAACACUACGACAUCUGAUACAUCAUCUCCAGUCAAUGUCACAGCCAAUUGGGUAUUGGAUAGCUUUGCAUUCAAUGAGUGGGCCAAUGUCAAGGAUUAUAUUUAUGAGGAACCAAGGACGAGCUUGAAACGAUCUGUAGACGAGGCAUCAUCAUCGCUGGCCGACGAUUCCAACCCUGCAAAGAAAUCGCGUACGCCCAAUCAGGAAGAACAGCAGCAGCAACAACAACAGCAACAACAAUCAACUGACAAUAAUGAAAAGCAACAAGCAACAACCAAUGGCACGGUGAAUGAGGCAGCAAAGCAAAAGGAGAUGGCCAAGAAGUACAUUGCAGUCCAAACCCACGAGAUUAUCAUCCCAUCUUAUGCUGCAUGGUUUGAACUUGGAUCGAUCCAUGAUAUUGAACGCCGUUCACUUCCCGAGUUUUUCAACAAUCGCAACAAAUCAAAGACGCCAUCCGUGUAUAAGGAAUACAGAGAUUUCAUGGUCAACACAUAUCGUCUCAAUCCGCUCGAGUAUCUUACCGUGACAGCUUGCCGAAGAAACAUGACCGGUGAUGUUUGUGCUAUUAUUCGCGUACAUGCAUUUUUGGAACAAUGGGGAUUGAUCAAUUACCAGGUGGAUCCUGAAAUGAAACCAUCCAACAUUGGGCCUCCUUUCUCGGGUCAAUUCAAGGUGGUUGCUGAUAUGCCAAGAGGUUUUGUCACCAAGAAGAAGGAGGCAAAUGGCACAGCCAUGGAUACGGAUACUGAGGAGGGUACCAAGAACAAGGAAGAUGAGGAUCAUCAGGAUAAGCCAAUGUCUCCAAGGAAGGAAGAGGAUGAAUCCAAAGCCAAUAUCAAAUUGGAUUCCAACAUGGAGUUACGACGUGACGUUUACGACAAGGCAUCGAGCAAAGUGGAGUGCAAAUCAUGUGGCAAAGAAUGUGGUCAAGAGCGAUACAAGAUUGAUAAGGGCGUCUAUCUAUGCAAUGAUUGUCACAAAGAUGGAAAGGCACCUUCAGACACAUCACUGGAAGAUUUCAAGCAAGAAAAGGUGGCUGCACCAUCCAAGCCAUGGACUGAUCAGGAGAAUGUAUUGUUGAUGGAAGGCUUGGAGAUGUAUUCAGAGGAUUGGAACAAGGUGGCGGAUCAUGUGGGAUCACGUACACGUGACGAGUGUAUCUUGCAUUAUCUUCAAUUGCCAUUCGAGGACCCCUAUGUUGACACCGAGAUUGCAAAAUUGGGCUUACUUCAGUACGAUCCUAGCCGCCAAACUGAGAACCCCAUCAUGUCCGUUGUUGCCUUCCUUGCGUCCACAGUGAAGCCCGAGGUAGCAGCAGCAGCUGUUGGUCAGGAACCCAAAGAACGUGCAAAGGAUGAAAAGGAACAACAAGAACAAGAGGAGAGCAAAAAGAAAGAAGAAGAAAACAAGGAGGCACGUCAAUUGACACACACAUUAUUCCGUACCAAGUUGCAACAUUUCCAGACCAAGGUUGCUCAAUUUGAGAAACUUGAGAGCAUUGUGGAAGAUGAAAGGCGAAAGUUGGAGAAGGAACGACAUCAAAUGACCAUGGAUCGACUAGCCCUUAAAGCAAAGAUUGAACAAGUGGAACGCGAAAUGCUAAAGCGUGGCAACACACCCAACAGUAUCACACCUGCACAAAUUCAACAACAAAUUGCAGGCGGCAUGAUGCCUGGUGGAUCCAACAUGUAUAUGAACCCUGCUGCUGCUGCUGCCGCCGCCGCCGCCGCCGCUGCACACGCCGCUGGAGGACAACCCAAUGCACCACAACCACAUCCAAUGCAAAUGCAACAACAACAAUACCAGUUACAGAUGCAACGACAAAUGCAACAAGGUCCAGUAUCACAAGCACCGGGACAAUUUCAACAACAACAGCAAGCACCACAGCAGCAACAACAACAACAACCUCCAUCAUCAGGCCAUAAUUUCAACAUGAUGUCGUUUUAG